CCGGAGAGUCAAUUUACCUCUUCUACAGGUGUGUGGUUGGGAGUGUUCCUAUCAGCUGCUCCUCUCGAGGAAAAUAAACACUCCCAACAUGCACUGAGCCACGGGGAGUGUCUCAGGUUUCCAACACGCCCCAGCUUGUUAAGAGUUAGAGUAAUAAUUAACAGCUUCUUGGACUUUAUAAGGCUGUGGAGGGACAUCUGUCAGGAAGAGAGCUCCCUGCCAUGCUCGAGGGAAAACCAGACAAAACCUCUCUUUUCCUCCGUGGUUCUGACCUCCCUCCCAGCCAGUCUGAAUGAGUGGAGAAAAAUGACCACCAAUCCUCACCAGUCCCCUUCUCUGAUAUUCAUCAAUGAGAAGAAAUUCAUUACAAGAGAUCAACUGAAUUCUUUAUUGAAGACCUAUAACAUUUUUUAUGGGGACCAGAAGAACCGGCAUAUUAUAUAUGGUGAGACUGAAGAUGACAAUCUAGUUAUCGAAGGAAUUUUGAAUAUAUUCUGGGGAGUAAAAAAGCCCAUCCGGCUGAAAAUACAAGAUGAGAAGGAGGUCCCUUCUUUUGCCACCAUCAAGUCAUCAACUGUAUUCUCCCAGAAGGGGGGUAUGACCCGCUGGGGGGAGUUUGAUGACCUCUAUCGCAUCAGUGAGCCGGAGAAGAAACAGAGUUCUGUGCAGGAAGCCAAAGAUCCCAAAGAAGAUUAUGUGUCUUAUAACAGCAACACCCUGAGGCCUCUGGUGGGGGAUGAACCGGACUCUCCCUUGCUAUACAGAACGAUGAGUGAAGCAACCUUGGUGAGAAAGAAGGUAAACCUUGGCAGGACAGAGAGAAGAGGCCAACAGCAUCACAGGGUGUCUAUUAAUGGCCACUUCUAUAACCAUGAGACAUCAAUUUUUACACCAGCCUUUGGAUCCCAAACCAAAGUGAGAAUUAACAGUAACAUGAGAACAGAAGAAGUAAUAAAGCAGCUUCUACAAAAAUUCAAGAUUGAAAACAAUCCCCAGGAUUUUGCUCUUUAUAUUAUCUAUGCAACUGGAGAAAAGAGACGGCUAAAGAAGACAGACAUUCCCUUAUUUCAGAGGCUUUUGCAAGGUCCCUCACAGAGGAAUGCCAGGAUUUUCCUUAUGGACAAAGACGCGGAAGAAAUCAGCAGUGAUGUGGCUGAAUACAUUCACUGUCACCUUUCUUUCUUGGAAUCAAUCCUUCAAAGAUUAAAUGAUGAAGAAGCACGAGAGAUUCAAAAAAUAAUCACAAAAUUCAGUACAGAGAAGGCUUUUAUACGAAAACAUCUUCAAAAUAAAAUGAUAGUAAAGACAGAGACAACAGUGUAGUGUAAGAAACACCCAUGGAUCGAACACUUUGGUCAAGUGAAAGUAUUUGCAUACUUAAUGAGUGCCUGAAUAUUGUAGGUACAUGCAUUAAUAUAGGAACUUCAAGCUUGUAGAAAAUCAUCUGACCAGGAAAUUUCAUCUCCACAGGAAGAGGUGAAGUUGCCUUCAUAUUAGAAUUGGGGCACUAUGUAUCCUGAAAAUUAGAUGGCCAGAGUAGUACUCAUUUUUUUUUCAAAGUUAGAGAUGCAUUUUGGACAGUGUGAAUUUAAAACUUCUUCCUUAGCUUGAACUUUGUGAACUAACUCUUGCAAGAAUUGACAAAUGAAAUGGGAAAUAAAGACUGCAAACACUUUUUUAAAAACAGACACAUUCUUUAUGUUGCAAAGAAAUUCAGUUUCACUGAGUGGAAUUUAUAGGUCAUUGAUGAUUCAGGUUUUCGUAAAAAUGAGGAUGAUUUUGCAAGUUGGUAAGUGCACUUCUGUGAUCUGUUAUUCUGCUAAAACUCCAGAGGACCAAAGACCCAUAGGCACCUAGUAAACUGCAAUAUCUACAGGUAGACCUUUCCCAGCAUUACUGACUUUCUAGCUCCUUUGACCUGAAGGGACUCGUGUAUAGGCAGCAUGACAUCUGGUAAAGGACCUCAUCUGAAGUUCACAAAGCUGUCCCUGACCUCCUAUUUAUUGUUUUCCAGAGCUGACUUUCAAAACACAAAAAAUCUGGAAACAUAACAUGAGUUUGGGGCUUGUGGUGGUUAUUAUUGUUAUUUAUAGUUGUUGUCAUCAACAAUAAUUUUUUAAGCAAUUCCUUACAAGGGUCAAUAGGUCUGUUUCUUAAUCUACCUCCAUUUUUAUUUCUCAUGGAUAUUGUAAAAAAAAAUUCUAACACAUUUUAUAUGUGAUAUAGACUAGAGCUCUGUAUGAUAAGUACACAGCUGGAAAAUUACUUUUAAAUGUUAAAAUACACAUCACAGUCAUUUCAAAGACAUAUUUCUAAAUUAUCACCACAAUGGACUGGAGUGUGUUCAUACACAUUAAAUUAUAUUAAAGACCUCCUUGUAUGGUAUGCUACAUGUGACCAGGCUCUCAUUAUUUUGUUUGAUUUUUGGCAACUGUCAAGAAAAAGAUGCCUACUUGCUAAAUGAGAGGCUGAGAAUAUAGACCAUAACUCAUAGAGCUCUAACUCAUGUAUUUAUAGAGAAUAUAAGAUAGAGUUUAAAAAUCAUUAAUGACUUUUGGGUUUUCACAAACAUGAGGAUGACCCUGCAAACUGGCAAGUGAACCUUUUCUAUGUGAUAUAGACUAGAGUACUAUAUGAUAAGCACACAGCUGGAAAAUUCCUUUUAAAUAUUAAAACACAUGUCACAGUCAUUUCAAAGACAUAUAAUUCUAAAUUAUGGCCAAAAUUGACUAAAGUGUGUUCAUAUACAUUAAAUUAUAUUAAAGACUUCCUUGUAUGGUGUGUGUAUGUA